AGUUCCAGCCCAACCCUCCAAAAAAGAACACAAUGUUCAACACACGUAUCGUGGGGGCCUUCCUCCUAUUGCUGCACCUGUGCACGGCGCUGAAGUUCGACCUCCCCGCCGUCUCCGGCAAGAACGAGCGAUGCAUCCGCAACUUCGUCUCCAACGGACAGCUCGUUGUCGUUACGGCCAUUGUGUCAGGGAACAAGGGUGAUGGACAGGUGGUGAAUAUGCAUAUUAAAGAUGCUCUCGGCAAUGAACACGGCCAUCCUAAGGAUAUCGUGGGGGAGACGCGCCAGGCUUUCACUUCGCCGGCGGAUACGGCAUUUGAUGUCUGCUUUGAGAAUCUGCUUGUUUCGAAGAGAGCAACGUCGAAUCCCUCCCGCAUGAUCGAACUGGACGUCGAUAUCGGUGCCGACGCGCGCGACUGGUCGAGCGUGCAGGUGCAGGAGAAGCUCAAGCCCGUGGAGACGGACCUGCGACGCAUGGAGGAGCUGGUUGCCGAGAUCGUCAGCGAGAUGGAAUACCUGCGCGCACGCGAGCAGAAGCUGCGGGAUACGAAUGAGAGCACGAACGAGCGGGUCAAGUGGUUUGCCUUUGGCACUAUGGGAAUGCUCGUUGGUCUGGGAGCAUGGCAGGUUGUCUACCUGCGGGCGUACUUUAGGUCUAAGCAUCUUAUCUAGUGUAGUCAUCUAUUGUUGGUUGAAUGAUACGUUAGACUGCCAGGCACACCCAUUAUGAUAGCUACGUAUACAUAAGACUGUUACGAGUCAUUCCAUACUCCCUCGCCGGUCUCGGUAUUCUCCCCCCGCUCCAACUGGUCAUUGUCAGUGUAGGGCGUUGACUCGAGCGCACGCGGCCUGCUCUGCUCUGUCCGUUCUGUCCAGCUCUGCUGCCUCGUCCAGCUCGGAUAUCCGUAUUCGAAGAAAAGCUUUUUUUUUUCAACAGCUUAGCAGAAGAACCAAGAAAAUAUCUAUCCCGGAGGGACUUCUAAUUCAUACCUUAACCAUCAGCGUAAACACAGCAGCAACAAACACCAUCAUGGCUGCACUCUGCUCCCUCUCCGUCCA